CUACUCUAUACACACACUUUGUCCAUCGGUCAAUCAUUAGAAUGUCUGCAUGGGUGUGCAUGUGUUAUGUGGAGUUUCAGAAGGGUGUUGCGUUCUUGGGCGGAAGUGAAGUGCUUAAGAAGCAGCCACUGUCCACUGUCCAGGGCCAGUAAGCCAGUGUCCUCCAGAACUGACCAAAUUGCUGUCACACUUACAGUCUCACAGGCAAUAUAACAGCAUCAUGUUUGGUCUCUGUGCUCUUGUGAUUGUCUCUUUCGUCCUGGCGGGACCUCAGUGUUUAUCAGGAGCGGAGGAAAUGACUGCUUCAGAGGAGCAUAAAGCCCCUGCAGGAGGGGAGAGUGCCGCUGCAGAGCUGGUGCGCAGCAGGCGCAGCAUGCCCAACUGGAACCUGUGGGCGUCCGACUUCUACAGCUGGGUGGAGGAACUGCGGGCCCAGGCCGGCUACGACACCCUGCAGGAGAUGGCCCGCACCUUCUGGGCCCACUUUCCCAUCGCCAGCUACCUGGGCUACGACGACCCGGAAGCAGACCCCGAGGACCCGGGCGCAGAGUGAGCCAUCCAGACAAACAGUGACACGCCGAGUGAGGCAGGCAGACAACGGACGGGACGCAGCCAGCAGGCAGCCAUUACCAGCAACAAUAGGAGAGAAUCACGCACGCACGCACGCACGCAUGCACACAUGCACACAUGCACGCACGCAAACAUGCACUCACGCACACAUGCACGCACGCACACAUGCGCGCACGCGCGCACGU